GUCUGCAAAAUGGAUCCUACUUCGAACGAUCAUCAAGAGUUUGAACAAGUCGAAGCUAUUGAUGAUCUUCUCGAAGACUUCUGGUUCUUUGAUAACUUACUUGGCAGAAGAUCAAGAAUCUUGAGGUACUGUCAUUCAGAUCCUUACCCCUUUUCUCCCUCUCCGUCUUCCUCUUAUCCGAAACCCGAAUUCUUGAAAACUGGAGAUUCGGAUUCGGAGAAGAAGAUUCUAGAAGUUCCCACGGUGGGAGAUUCUGUUCCACCACCGUGUAUAGUGAAAGAAGAAGGGGAAAGCAAGCCUGAGAAGAUGAAAAAGAUGAGAAGGCAGUUCUCAGAGAAGAUUAGGGCUCAAGAACGAACAACUUACUUGCAGAAGAAGGAACCUGUGGUUCGUGGAGAGAGAAGAGUUAAAGUAAGUUCUAAAAAGGACAGAACCGGUAAUACUAGUUGUAAUAACAAGAGUGUCUCAAUGGGAGGGAGUUUGCAGAGAACUCAAACAUUGCCUACUUACAUAGGAAGAGAAAGUGAUGAAAACGAGUUUCACGAUCAAGAGAGUGACGAUUCGAGAAUGGGGUUCUUGAUCCGUGAAGCUGUCGCAAGCUCUUCUUCUGGGUUUACUACUCCAACGAAACAGAAUACACCAAAGAUUCUAAGCAUUCCGAGGCAUAGACCACCGAGAAACUCAAGAUUACAAGAAGCUAUUCAAGAAAUUGUCGUCAAGUCACAAGGAAGUAAAACAUUGCGUAAGACGGUAAGCAGCAUUGACACCAAAGAGAUUUUGAUGUUGAAGGAGUUGGACAUUAAUGAACCGGAGGAGGGACAAGAAAAAGAUGAUGAAGAACAGAGGAGGGUCCCAAGAGCAGCCGUGAAGAGCCAGUCAGUAAUGGGGAUGGGGCAGCCGAUUCCGGUCUGGGUUCCAAAGGAGUCUAGAAAAGACAUGAAAGCUCAAAUCAAGUUUUGGGCUCGAACCGUCGCUAGUAAUGUUCGACAAGAAUGCUGAUGAAAUUGUUUCUUUUCGUUGACAACAACAAAUGAUUCUCUAUUGAUAUAUAACUUCAUUUCUCAUAUUCUUUCGUUCUAUUUUUAAUCAUUAAAAAUCACUUGAUUGUUUUACCAAAAAUAAUGAAGCAGACAUGAUAAUGUGUUAGAUGA